AAGACGACUUCACCAACUGAGCGAGAAAGAGAGACAGAAGCUGAGAGAGAAGGAGAAGAGACAGAGACAAGUAGAGCUCAGAAGUUCCUUGUAAACUUCAAGAAUUUUCUUGUCUUUUAGGUUCGAAGUUCAGAUUUUUUCCAUUGUUAGAGAGUGAAGAUGGAGGAAGUUAUGGUGGAGUACGAGAUUAGAGCUUGUGGCUUUGUGUAGGCUCUUGAGAAGGAACCCUACUCUUCCGCUUCAUAGGGUUUCGUUCGUUUAUAUUUCCGUUCUUCUGUUCUUCUCUCUUCUUUUCCUCUCUUCUUAUCUACUUUUUAGAGCUUCUUUUCGCCUGAGAAUGGGUAGUCGGAAGUUGAUUGUCGGAAAUUUGGAAGCGGCGAGAAAGAGAACUAGUGGUGUCAGGACUAAACAGGCAGGAAGAGGAUCGUGCCGUGGAAGUUAGACCAAAGUUUCUCCGCCGGAAUAUUUACAGAUUCCGGCAUUGAAGUUCUUCAGUUGUUGUUGUUCGUCACUUUACUGUGUUCAGUUUAUCUUUUCGAGAUUCGUCGCAGGAGGUGAUGGGGUUCUUGAAAGAAGCUCUUAAGAUCAUCUGCGUCGAAAAUCAGUGGUCCUAUGGAGUUUUCUGGAAGAUCGGUUGCCGGAAUCCGACGCUUUUGGUUUGGGAAGAAUGUCAUUACGAGCCUGCACGGUACUCUUCCCUCCUGGGUAUUUCUGGGCUUGAAAGCACGGAAGCGCUUCUAAAAGAGUGGGAAGGACUUGGGAGUUCUCCUGAAACUCAGCUUUCUUGGCUUGGAUGUAAAGUUGAGGAUAGAGUCUGUUCUCUCAUUAAGAUGAUGAUGAAUAAUCAGGUUCAUGUUGUUGGAGAAGGAAUGGUUGGACGUGCUGCUUUCACUGGAAGUCAUCUGUGGAUUCUUAAAGAAAACCUCAUGGGGGGAAGUCAUCCAUCAGAGGUUAUGACUGCGGUGAACCACCAAUUUUCGGCUGGUAUGCAGACAGUUGCAGUUAUUCCUGUGCUUCCGCAUGGUGUCGUUCAAUUUGCUUCCACACUAGCAAUAAUGGAGAAUAUCGGUUUUGUGAACAAUGUGAAGAGUUUGUUUGCACAACUAGGGAGUGUGCCUGGUGCUCUCUUAUCUCAUAAUUAUUUGAAGAAAGAUCCUAGCGAGAAGAUUGGAUUACCUAUCUCUGUUGGAGUACCUGUCUCAGCAGAGCAAACAAUUUCUAAAAUGGCAAAAUGCUCACCACUCGCAGGCAACAGCUGUAAUCAACAAAUCCUCCCAUCUCGAGCUUCAAGAUGUGCACAUCAAUCUUCUCAUUCUUUAAUUACACAGAUUCAGGACAACGUGCCAGUUAAUGUUUCAGCAUUGCAAACCACUCCUAGAGUGGCCCCAUCUACUUCUGAAUCUCCUAAUGACCUCUUCCAAGCAAAGGAUCCUCCAAUGGUGAAGUCAAAUCUUCCUCUUAGAGGUCAACAAGAAACUGCAUCCAUGGGCUCUGAAGUGUUCCCUUCCAAUUUAGGUGGACGGUUCAGCCCACGGAGUUCUCAAUAUGAUACAUGUUCUGGAUUCAGUAACCAAUAUAUGGUUGGCCAAUCAAGUGUGAGUUUUACUGGCCUAAAAUUUAUGGAACAACAGAUCCUGUCAGGUAAUAGGUUACAGGGCCCUGUUAACAACAGUAUACCUGCAUCAAGUAGCACUGCAACAGAAGCAAGGGCCAGCAAAGCUGGAGUUCCUAAUUAUUUGAAAGAUUCUAUUAUUGCCUCGCUGCUUGGAGGAAGUGAGUUACCUAAUGCUGGAAGUGGUCGUCAAACACUGACCUCAUUUCCACGUUCACGUUCAAUGCAAUGUAGAUCAGCUGACAAUAACCCCCAAUUCCCACUUCAAGAGGGAGUUGGUCCACAUUCAAAUUCGUCAAACACAAAGAUGGUUUCCUUGUCCAACCAUGCAAAUCAGUCAAAUGCAAGUGUCAUGCUUCCAAGCUGUUCCCAUCAAAGCCGCUCCUCCAAUGAUGAAAAGCAUGCUCAAACUGAGUUUUCGGCAAGAGAACAUGGAGUCGAGGACUUGUUUCAGGCCCUUAAUAUCCCACCAGGAUAUCAGGAUGAUCAUAUUUCUAGAAGUGGGACCGUGUCUGGUACUAUUCAAGAUUCCCCGAUGACCAGUCAGGAGUGUGAGAGGGGAACUAUUGCACUGCAACAUGUCCCUAAAGAUGCACAUGUUCGACAUUCUUCAGGCGAAGACUUGUUUGAUAUCUUGGGUCUGGAUUUUAAAAGCAAACUAUUAUGUGGCACUGGGAGUGAUUUUCUUAUGCAUGGAACAGAUGCAAAUUUGCACAGUUCGGUUACGGAUGUUUCCACGUGCCUAACACAGAUGGAUGCUGGUCCUGAUUUUUAUGCAAUGAAUGAUGGGAUCUCAGAAAGUGGGAUUUUCUGUGAAACUGGGACUGAUCAUCUGUUGGAUGCUGUGGUUUCUAAGGCUCACUCUACUUCUAAGCAGAACUCAGACGAUAAUGUUUCUUGCAGGACAACAGUGACAAGGAUAAGUAGCUCUUCAGUUAUUUCAGAUGCUCCUACAUAUGACCAUGUAAGUGUGUCUGACCAGAUGAAAGUAGAUAUGUUUGGUCCUCCUCCACCUUCUAAGGUAGCGAUAGCAAAAUCAAGUUCUUUCAAAUCUGGAUCUAGUGUGGAGAAUGCUGGUGGGUCUCAAAUCAAUCCCAUUUAUAAAUCACAAAUCAGUUUAUGGAUGGAAGAUGGUCACAACAUGAAGCAAGAAAAUAGUAUUUCAACUGCCAAUUCUAAGAGACCUGAUGAAACAGCAAAAACAAAUCGUAAAAGGCUUAGACCUGGAGAGAGUCCUAGACCUCGGCCAAAAGAUCGUCAGAUGAUCCAAGACCGUGUGAAGGAGUUGCGGGAGAUUGUACCAAAUGGUGCAAAGUGUAGCAUUGAUGCACUGCUUGAACGUACCAUUAAGCACAUGCUCUUCUUGCAAAGCGUGACAAAGCAUGCAGAUAAGCUAAAGCAAUCUGGAGAGUCUAAGAUUAUCAGUAAGGAGGGUAGGCUGCUACUAAAGGACAACUUUGAGGGAGGAGCGACAUGGGCAUAUGAAGUUGGUUCCCAAUCAAAGAUCUAUCCAAUUGUAGUAGAGGAUUUAAAUACACCUCGUCAUAUGCUUGUGGAGAUGCUUUGUGAGGAACGGGGUUUCUUUCUAGAGAUUGCCGAUAUAAUUAGAGGAUUGGGACUGACCAUUCUGAAGGGCAUUAUGGAAUCUCGGAACGACAAGGUCUGGGCGCACUUUGCGGUAGAGGCAAACAGGGAUGUCUCAAGGAUGGAAAUUUUUCUGUCACUUGUUCAGCUGUUGGAGAAAGCCGGCAUGGGCAAUUCACGGACACUGAAAGGCAUUGAUAGCAGCAAUCUGAUGGUACAUAACAAUUUCAAUCAAGCAUCCAUACCUGCAACCGGUCCAUGUAAUAGCUUGCAGUAAGCUACCUAUACUAUCUUUUUGGAUUCUGGGCAUGUUGAGAGCGGGCUUUGCGUCUUGCCUGCCAUGACUGGCAUGAAUUCCAGUCUCUCAGGUGGUUCUAACUCUUAUUGAUUAGUCCUUACGUGGACUGGACUAUACUAUAACUGACGUCAGUAGAGUGGGUAAACUGUUUAGGUUGUUGAUAGCUCCUCGAACCUGGUAGAAUGUAUUUGACCGUAAAAUGUUACUGGAAUCUGCUGAUCAACAGUUGCCCAAA